CUACCCCUUUCCACUGUUUCCAGAUCCUACCCUGCCCAGUGCUAGGAGGAAUUUCUUGACGCCCCUUCUCUUUCCCCAUUUCCUCUCUAGCAUGGAGAAAAGCCCCUGUCAUCCCUUUUAUUUUCAUUCCUUUCUGAGGAGAAGAUCCGUCUAACCCCUUUAUGGCCCCAGUGUCCAGGGAAAGGAUGAUCACUGUCAGAAGUCGUGGCGCGGGAGCCCACCGGGCGCUUUGUCACACUCCACCGAAAGUCCCGACUUGGUGACAGUGUGCUUCCCUUCCCUCCCCAACAGUCCCGAGUGAGCUGUGCUUUAGCUCUCGUGGGAGUGGAUGAAGGGAGGGUUUAAAGAGAGUCAUUGCUCCACUUUACCCUUUUGGAGAAAUGGCUUGAAAUUUGCUGUGCCACGAGCAGCAUGGGAAUAGUCCUUCCUGAACCCUGGAAAGGAGCUCCUGCCAGCCUUGCACACACUUUGUCCUGGUGAAAGGCAGCGCUGGAGCAGGUGGUUUUUUGGAACCCUAAACUUACCCACCCAACUUGCUUCUGAAAGCCACCUAAGGGGUCCCUUUCCGCUCCUCCCUGACACCUUCCCUCAGCCAGAAUCCCCUUGGAGAGGACGCGAGAGGAAAGCCAUGGACAGGGGUCGCUGCUAGCACCACAAGUUCCUCAGACCCUGGCACAAAGGCCUUGGCUACAGGCCUCCAAGUAGGGAGGAGGGGGAGGAGUGGCUGCCUGGCCACAGUGUGACCUUCAGAGGCCCCCAGAGAAGGACACCUGGCCCCUGCCUGCCUAGAACCGCCCCUCCUGUGCCCCCUGGCCUUAGAAGGGUGGUCCCAGGCUGCACCCAUGGCAGAAGGAGGAGGGCAGAAUCACCACGAAGUGGUGAAGUUCAUGGAUGUCUACCAGCGCAGCUACUGCCAUCCGAUCGAGACCCUGGUGGACAUCUUCCAGGAGUACCCUGAUGAGAUCGAGUACAUCUUCAAGCCAUCCUGUGUGCCCCUGAUGCGAUGUGGGGGCUGUUGCAAUGAUGAGGGCCUGGAGUGUGUGCCCACUGAGGAGUUCAACAUCACCAUGCAGAUUAUGCGGAUCAAACCUCACCAAGGCCAGCACAUAGGAGAGAUGAGCUUCCUACAGCACAACAAAUGUGAAUGCAGACCAAAGAAAGAUAGAGCAAGACAAGAAAAAAAAUCAGUUCCAGGAAAGGGAAAGGGGCAAAAACGAAAGCGCAAGAAAUCCCGGUAUAAGUCCUGGAGCGUUCCCUGUGGGCCUUGCUCAGAGCGGAGAAAGCAUUUGUUUGUACAAGAUCCACAGACGUGUAAAUGUUCCUGCAAAAACACAGACUCGCGUUGCAAGGCGAGGCAGCUUGAGUUAAACGAACGUACUUGCAGAUGUGACAAGCCAAGGCGGUGAGCCGGGCAGGAGGACGGAGCCUCCCUCAGGGUUUCGGGAACCAGAUCUCUCACCAGGAAAGACUGACACAGAAUGAUGGAUACAGAAAGCACGCUGCCGCCACCACACCAUCACCAUCGACAGAACAGUCCUUAAUCCAGAAACCUGAAAUGAAGGAAGAGGAGACUCUGCGCAGAGCACUUUGGGUCCGGAGGGCAAGACUCCGGCAGAAGCAUUCCCGGGCGGGUGACCAAGCACGGUCCCUCUUGGAAUUGGAUUCGCCAUUUUGUUUUUCUUGCUGCUAAAUCACCGAGCCCGGAAGAUUAGAGUUUUAUUUCUGGGAUUCCUGUAGACACACCCACCCACAUACAUACGUUUAUAUAUAUAUAUAUAUAUAUAUAUAUUAUAUAUAUAAAAUAAAUAUCUAUAUUUUAUAUAUAUAAAAUAUAUAUAUUCUUUUUAAAUUAACAGUGCUAAUGUUAUUGGUGUCUUCACUGGAUGUAUUUGACUGCUGUGGACUUGAGCUGGGAGGGGAACGUUCCCACUCAGAUCCUGACAGGGAAGAGGAUGAGACGAGAGACUCCGGCAUGAUCUUUUUCUUUGUCCCACUUGGCCGGGCCAGGGUCCUCUCCCCUGCCCAAGAAUGUGCAAGGCCAGGGCAUGGGGGCAAAUAUGACCCACUUUCAGGAACACCGACAAACCCAACCCUGGCGCUGAGCCUCUACCCUCGGUCAGACGGACAGAAAGGCAGAUGACAGGUACAGGGACGAGCACACUGGCUCUGACUAGGAGUUUGGGGAGCUUCAGGACGUUGCUGUGCUUUGGGGAUUCCCUCCACAUGCUGCACGCGAAUCUCACCCCCAGGAGCAUUGCCUGGAAGAUUCAGGAGCCUGGGCGGUGUUCACUUACUCUCACCUGCUUCCGAGUUGCCCGGGAGGCCACUGACAGAUGUCCCAGCAAAGAGAAGAGACACGUGUUGGAAGCAGCAGCCCAUGACAGCGCCUCCUCCUGGGACCCACCCUCAUCUUCUUCCUGCUCCCCUUCCUGGGGUGCAGCCUAAAAGGACCCGAUGUCCUCACACCAUUGAAACCACUAGUUCUGUUCCCCCAGGAGGCCUGGUUGUGUGUGUGUGAGUGGUUAACCCUCCUCCAUCCCCUGGCCCUUCCCUUCCCAAGGCACAGAGAGACAGGGCAGGAUCCACAUGCCCAUUGUGGAGGCGGAGAAAAGAGAAAGUGUUUUGUAUACGGUACUUAUUUAAUAUCCCUUUUUAAUUAGAAAUUAAAACAGUUAAUUUAAUUAAAGAGUAGGGUUUUUUUCAGUAUUCUUGGUUAAUAUUUAAUUUCAACUAUUUAUGAGAUGUAUCUUUUGCUCUCUCUCGCUCUCUUAUUUGUACUGGUUUUUGUAUAUAAAAUUCAUGUUUCCAAUCUCUCUCUCCCUGAUCGGUGACAGUCACUAGCUUAUCUUGAACACAUAUUUAAUUUUGCUAACACUCAGCUCUGCCCUCCCCUUCCCCCUGGCUCCCCAGCACACAUUCCUUUGAAAUAGGGUUUCAAUAUACAUCGACAUACUAUAUAUAUAUUUGGCAACUUGUAUUUGUGUGUAUAUAUAUAUAUGUUUAUGUAUAUAUGUGAUUCUGAUAAAAUAGACAUUGCUAUUCUGUUUUUUAUAUGUAAAAACAAAACAAGAAAAAAUAGAGAAUUCUACAUACUAAAUCUCUCUCCUUUUUUAAUUUUAAUAUUUGUUAUCAUUUAUUUAUUGGUGCUACUGUUUAUCCGUAAUAAUUGUGGGGAAAAGAUAUUAACAUCACGUCUUUGUCUCUAGUGCAGUUUUUCGAGAUAUUCCGUAGUACAUAUUUAUUUUUAAACAACGACAAAGAAAUACAGAUAUAUCUUAAAAAAAAAAAGCAUUUUGUAUUAAAGAAUUUAAUUCUGAUCUCAAA